GCUUACGUGGCAUUACGUAAGUUCCAGGGAGCAGGAAGUGUGAUGUGGCUUUGACUUACAACAAAAAUGUCAGCCAUUUUCAACUUCCAGUCACUGCUAACAGUGAUUCUCCUCCUGAUCUGUACCUGUGCCUACAUCAGAGCAUUGGCUCCCAGCCUGCUAGACAAGAACAAGACUGGACUUCUAGGAAUUUUCUGGAAGUGUGCCAGAAUAGGUGAGCGGAAGAGUCCCUGGGUGGCAGCCUGCUGUAUCAUCAUGGCUUUCAGUAUACUCUUUCUACAGUAGCGGUCUGAAGGAAACUACACAAGGAAAUGUUGGGGAAAUAAAUGACAACGAGGAAUGGACAGUAUGAUCCUAGAAGCACAACAGAACCUCCUGAGGUUGUCACUUAGAUAAUGUCAACACGGAGCGCCGUCACCACUCACUGAAGUCACGGAGGGAGAAAAUGUGUCUGCGUAGGGGGAAGGGGUGAGCUGAUAGCCCCACAGUGUGUGUCUUGAUCCCUGCGUGGAUCUGCAGGUCUGUCCUGGUGUUUGCGUGUGUGGAAUGUUUACUCUGGAUGUAUAUGUGUGUGGGGGGCCAAUGCUGUCUGGUAUCUGCCAUUUAGUCUAAAGGAGAGAAGACAGAUUGUGGUGUCAUUUCUGGGAUCAAAUGAUAUAUUGUUCGUCCAAACAUUUCAAACACUUUAUCUCCCCCUCUGAGUUUGUCACAAUUACAUCAAGAUGUUUGAAAUUCUCCUCCAAAACUGUUGUACAAUUUAAAUGGGGGCUUAUCAACUAAGUCGACUUUGUAUCAUCUUAAGCCUUUUAUUUGUAAUCCGUGCCCUGAUUGUUGAAACAAAAUAUGGUCAGAUUCCACAAUGAACAAAGCAAUUGCAUAGGUCUUCGGAUGUGUAAUGAACAUACGGAUUUGCCUCAAAGAGCUGCUGACGUUUUUAAAGUCAGUCAGUUUUCUGCUAUUUAUUAAAGAAACAUUUUUGGAAAUUUGACAAGGCUGAUCUUUGUCAUUUAAAACGUUUUUUAAAAUGGUGUUUGCUGUUGACACAUGUUUAUGUUCACUGUAAUAAUGCCUCACUGUCAUCAACUAUGACUUAAAUUUGCAAAAUACAUGUUGAUAAAUCUGUA